UUCUAGAGCAUGCUUUUCCCUACAGAAGACACAUGCGACUAUGUCCCCUUCUUUUUGGCCUGUUUGAAGGACUAUACGUCAACUUACUUCCUGGUGCUUUUUUGUUUGUUCAUUAAUUAGUUGGGUUGUUAUUAACUCGGCAUUAUUGCUAACUAGCAAAAAAACAAACAUUGAUAGUUUUAUUGGCUCAUCCGGGCAGCAGAGUAGUAACGUCGAGAUGAGGAGUGGAGCCUACAAGUUUUUGUCCGUUUUUUCUUGUCUCAUUGUUUGCGGUUUCAUGUUCAUGUUUUGGUUUUUCGUUUUUUACUCCAUGGUACUUGCGCCAUAAUUUACAACUGGAAUUUAUUAUUAUUAUUGUUUUACAGUUAACUAGCUAUUUAGCACAGACAGCUAGCUGAAUUCGCUAACGUUAAGAUUGACCUAGUCGACAUUGGCGAUUUUGCCCCCCCCCCCACAAAGCAACCCUCACUGACAAGUUGUAGCCAGUAAAAAGAUUCCGAAUUUACUUUGCUACAUAACAAUCAACAGAAAGAGACAAAUGUAGCAACUGAACGGCUAGUUAGCUAACGGCUAAUUAGUGUAUUUGGGUUAGCGAACGGCUAACCACCUAGCUAGCUAACGGCUAACUGGGGUAUUUGGGUUAGCGAACGGCUAACCAUCUAGUUAGCCAAGGGCUAACUAACAGCUAACGUCUCACUGAUGUAUUUGGGUUAGCGAACGGCGAACUAACGGCUAACCAGCUAGUUAGCGAACGGCUACAUAACAACAACAUUGUGCACAUACCCAUAGUGCAUUGCGGCAACGCCAGAUCACAUGAUCUGAAUAAGGAAGCGAGGUGUAUUUGGGAUUGUAUCUGAGCAUCAAGGAACAGGAUCGGUGAUAGAGAUGGCUUCUGUGCCUGUAGACAAAGACAGUGCAGAUCAAAAGCUGCAGUUUGCUCCCUUCUCCAGUGCCUUAGAGGCAGGCUUCUGGCACCAGCUCACACAGAAGAAACUCAACGAUUACCGACUGGAUGAAAGCCCCAAGAAUAUCAAAGGCUACUACUACAAUGGCGAUCCGGUCGGCCUUCCCACUCGCUUGACUUUGGAGUUUAGUGCAUUUGAGGCGGAUGGCCCCAGCCCAGCCCGCUGCUGUCCCGUCACAGGGACCCUGUACAACACCAACACACUAGAGGCCUUUAAGACCUCAGACAAAAAAGCACUGCUGGAACAACAGGCCACGGAGAUCUGGGAUUCCAUACAGUCCGGUGAUGCUCUCAAGGACCCAUCCCUCCUCUGCAAAUUCCUUUUGCUGACUUAUGCAGACCUGAAGAAGUACCACUUCUACUACUGGUUCUGUUUCCCAGCUCUCUGUUUCUCUGAGGGAAUUAAGAUCCUCAAGGAGCCAGCUACGUUAGACCAAGUCUUCUCUUCUAAACAGACCUCGGCCUUACAGGCAGCCUAUGACAGUCUGUGCAGUGAAACAGGGACCUCCGCUGUUCCUUACUUCCUGAUCAAGUACACAGGGGAUACUGUCCAGGUGGCCCAGCUACGAGACUGGGACAGCUUCAACACUGAUCUCAACAAGGUAACCGUGGGUGUGUAUGACCCCUGCACUCUGCCCCAGCAUCCUGGAUGGCCUCUGAGGAAUCUGCUGUUUCUCCUAGCCAGCAAAUGGGGCUCCCAACUAGAUGUGGUGGAGGUGAUGUGUUUCAGAGACAGGACUCUUCAGGGCAGUAGGACCAUUCAGCACAGCAUCGUGUUCCAGGUCAAACUACCGAUCCCUGAGCAGUCUGUCAAUGCAGUGUGUCCAAAGAAUGUAGGAUGGGAGAAGAACCCUAAAGGAGCCAUGGGACCCCGGAUGGUCAACCUCAGUGAAUGUAUGGACCCAAAGAGACUGGCGGAGUCCUCGGUGGAUCUCAACCUGAAGUUGAUGCGCUGGAGGCUGGUACCUUCUCUGAAUCUGGACAAAGUGACUUCUACUAAGUGUCUGCUGCUGGGGGCUGGUACACUGGGCUGCAACGUAGCCAGGACUCUAAUGGGAUGGGGAGUGAGACACAUCACGUUUGUGGACAACUCUAAGAUCUCUUACUCCAACCCAGUCAGACAACCUCUGUAUGAGUUUGAAGACUGUCUGGGUGGAGGCAAGUCCAAGGCCCUCGCAGCCGUCGACAGACUGGGCAAGAUCUUCCCUGGAGUGAAUGCAGAGGGACACGUGAUGAGCAUCCCGAUGCCAGGCCACCCGGUCAACUUCUCUGAGGCGACCAUGUCUCAGGCCCGGCAGGACGUUGAACACCUGGAGAAACUGAUCUCGGAGCAUGACGUCGUCUUCCUGUUGAUGGACACCAGGGAGAGUCGAUGGCUGCCGACUGUUAUAGCUGCCAGCAAUAGGAAGUUGGUAGUGAAUUCUGCCCUGGGCUUUGACACCUUCGUGGUGAUGAGACACGGUCUGAAGAAACCUAAACCCUGUGGACCAGGAGACUCCUCCGACCCUUCCUCUUCCUCCUCCGCCUCAUCCUCUUCCUCCACGCCGGCCGAGCCCGCCCAGCUCCCAGCAGCCUCUCUGUUCUCCAACAUCCCCGGACACCGCCUCGGAUGCUACUUCUGUAACGACGUUGUCGCCCCCGGAGACUCCACCAGAGACCGGACCCUGGAUCAGCAGUGUACAGUGAGUCGUCCAGGCCUGGCCAUGAUAGCAGGAGCCCUGGCUGUGGAACUCAUGGUGUCCAUACUACAGCAUACUGAAGGAGGUUAUGCGGUAGCCAGCAGUAGUGAUGACAGGAUGAAUGAACCUCCAACCUCCCUGGGUCUCGUCCCUCAUCAGAUCAGAGGGUUUCUGUCCAGAUUUGACAACGUUCUACCGGCCAGUCUGGCGUUCGACAAAUGCACUGCCUGCUCACAAAUCGUCCUGGACAGCUAUGAGAAGGAUGGUUUCAACUUCCUGUCCAAGGUGUUUAACUCCUCCCACUCCUUCCUGGAGGACCUGACUGGUUUGACUCAGCUACACCAGGAGACACAGAACGCAGAGAUUUGGGACAUGAGUGACGAUGAGAGCAUCUAAGAGGGAUGACGGAACCCGAAACAUCAGAGUUCUAGAAUUGGAACACGGAACACAUUCUACUGCGUUCCAACAAGCCGUCGCUUCUCAUCUCUUCUGGUCAGAGUUCAGAACAUAUAUAAUGGGCCUUCUGAAACUGUUUUGAAUUGACGUUGGGUAUCAUCAGAAAGGAUGAAAAAAUAUAUUUAAAAUACCACUGAUACAGUUCUAAUAAUACCAUCUAAUAAACAUCUGAAAUGUGAAGAAUGUCUGUCGCAUUACAACAGUGUCGCUCUCAUGACAACUAAUAUGGUGAGACGUUCUGUCCUAUUCCUUCUAUGUUUCUGAAGGGGAAUGUAAAGAUAUAUUUUGAAGAUAGACUGAAAAGCAUUUUAAACAUUUUCAGCAAUCUUGAAUCAUUUGUUUCCCAGAUAAGGUGUCCUGAUACGACCCGUACCCAGCUCACUGUCUGUCAACUGAUUUCACCUGUAGCAUACGCUGGCUCCUUUCCUGUUGGGAACGUAUACAUCCACCAGAUUGACCUUCUCCUGUAACAUACAGUAUAUAUAUAUGUAACACAGGUACGCUCUUUACUAUUGCUCUUCCAGUUUCAGGGACUUUUCACACAUUUAUCCCCAUCCAGAUGAUUACACUGUGUAAAUAUGGCUUGAUGUAGACAUACAUACCAGUACAACAUACAAUAGGAACUGCUUUACAACCCCGAGGGUUAGGUAUCACGGUUUGUGAGACACAGAAUGAUGCCACCAUUCCCGUACGUUUUCCAUAUUCGGUCAUGUCGCAUCUUGUACUUUUUUUUUUGUUAACAUCUUUGUCAAGCACAGAUAAAAGCCAUAUUUGACUCUUACAGUGGAUGUAAAUCAAAUUAAAUGUUCCCUGUAUGGA